AUCAAGCACCUAGGCAUACAGACUGCUUCUACAAACAUUUGUGAAAGAAUAGGUCGCUCUCAGGAGCUCAGUGAAUUCAAACAUGGUACCGUGAUAGGUUGCCACCUGUGUAAUAAGUCCAUCCGUGAAAUUUUCUUGCUACUAAAUAUUCCACAGUCAACUGUUAGUGGUAUUAUAACAAAGUGGAAGCAACUGGGAACAACAGCGACUCAGCCACCAAGUGGUAGGUAAUGUAAAAUGACAAAGCGGGGUUAGCGCAUGCUGAAGAGCACAGUGCACAGAAGUCGGCAACUGUCUGCAGAGUCAAUAGCGAAAGACUUCCAAACUUCGUGUGGCCUUCAGAUUAGCACAACAACAGUGCGUAGAGAGCUUCAUGGAAUUGGUUUCCAUGAUUGGGCAGCUGCAUCCAAGCCU